GGCGGGGCCUAAAGGGAUCCGGGCUGAGCUGGAGAGGGGAAGGAUUUGGGGGGGACUGGGCCUGGUCUGGGGAAGCCUCAUCUAGCGGGUUUCCGACGCGGCUGCAGCAGCAUCAGACCAGGCCCUGUCCCCCAUCUCAUUUCGAUCCCUUUCUCCUUUCUCGCUCAACAGCUCUAGACUCCAGGCCCUGUCUCCUGGGCUCUGCCUUCGGAUGUCCCACCGUCCACAGCCUGCAUGCGCCGUGGGGCGCCCCAGGACCAGGAGCUGGUGGGCCCGGGGGCUCCUGCGCGGGGGUCCCGGGGCGCCCCUCCUCCCUCGGGACUUGUCCCGGUCCUCGUCUUUCCCCCGGACCUAGUAUUCAGGGCGGACCAGCGGAGCGGACCCCGGCAGCUGCUGACCCUUUAUAACCCCACGGGAGCUGCGCUUCGCUUCCGAGUCUUGUGCACAGCGCCUGCCAAAUACACGGUGUUUGAUGCAGAAGGAUACGUGAAACCUCAAUCCUGCAUUGACAUUGUGAUUCGCCACGUGGCCCCCAUUCCCAGCCACUAUGACGUCCAGGACCGCUUCCGCAUUGAGCUGUCUGAGGAGGGAUCUGAGGGUCGAGUGGUGGGGCGCAAGGACAUCACCUCGGUUCUGAGGGCCCCAGCCUACCCCCUUGAGCUUCAGGGACAGCCUGACCCAACGCCCCACCCAGGGCCUCCUUCCUGGACAGCACCACCCACGGCCAGACACUUCCCCGAGAAUCCCCAUCCGCAGCUGGCCACCAGCUCCUUCCUCCUCUUCUUGCUGACGGGCAUAGUCUCUGUGGCCUUCCUGCUGCUCCCGCUCCAGGACGAACUUGGCAGCCAGCUGCCCCAAAUCCUGCACGUCUCCCUGGGACAGAAGUUGGUGGCGGCCUACAUCUUGGGCCUCCUCACUAUGGUGUUCCUUCGGACCUGAGCUCCCUGCUCAACUUCCACCCACCUCCUGGGGCAGAGACAUGGAUGUGCACAGGAGACAGCCACUGUGAUGCCCAUGCCUUGCC